GGCCGAGCUGCCAACGACGGGGAGUAGUACCCGCCGGCGAUUCCACCUCUCUCGCCACCACCUCCCCUCGCGUGCGCGAGGGGAAGCCCGGCGCCCGUUCGCCGCCAGAUCAGCUCCUCCGCACCACCCUCCCCUUCCAGAUCCUUCUAGACCUCGCCAGAUCCUCCGAGCGCGGGCGCGCGGGGCGGAGAUCUCGCCGGAGAAAUGGACAAGUCCAGCGCUCUCGAAUACAUCAACCAGAUGUUCCCCACUGAGGCGUCGUUGUCGGGCGUGGAGCCGCUGAUGCAAAAGAUACAGAGCGAGAUUCGCAGAGUGGACGCCAGCAUCCUUGCUGCUGUCCGACAGCAGAGCAACUCGGGAACCAAGGCCAAGGAAGAACUUGCUGCUGCAACAAAUGCUGUUCAGGAAUUAAUGCAUAAGAUACAUGAAAUAAAAACAAAGGCUGAGCAAAGUGAAACUAUGGUUCAAGAAAUCUGUCGCGACAUCAAAAAGUUGGAUUGUGCUAAGAGGCACAUAACAACUACAAUAACCGCUCUUCACCGUCUUACUAUGCUUGUUUCGGCUGUUGAGCAACUUCAGGUUAUGGCAUCAAAACGGCAGUAUAAAGAAGCAUCUGCACAGCUGGAGGCAGUGAACCAACUAUGCAGUCAUUUUGAAGCCUAUAGAGAUGUGCCCAAGAUAACAGAAUUGAGAGAGAAAUUCAAGAACAUCAAGAAAAUCCUCAAAUCUCAUGUAUUUUCAGAUUUUUCAAGCUUAGGAACUGGGAAGGAAACAGAAGAUUCCAUGCUAUUGCAGCAGCUAUCUGAUGCUUGUUUGGUGGUUGAUGCAUUGGAACCAUCUGUAAGGGAAGAACUAGUGAAGAACUUUUGCAGCAAGGAACUCACCUCAUAUAGGCAGAUCUUUGAAGGAGCAGAACUUGCCAAGUUAGACAAGACCGAAAGAAGAUAUGCAUGGAUUAAACGUCGACUAAGGUCAAAUGAAGACACCUGGAAAAUAUUUCCACCUUCCUGGCAUGUCGACUAUCUGCUGUGUAUCCAGUUCUGUAAGAUUACAAGGGCCCAGCUUGUUGAUAUCCUUAAUAAUCUCAAAGAAAAACCAGAUGUUGCAACUUUGUUAUUGGCGUUCCAGAGAACCAUUGAAUUUGAGGAAGAAUUGGCAGAGAAAUUCAGUGGUGGAACUACAAAUGCUAGAAAUAAAGAGACAACAAGUGAUGAUGAAGAUGAGGGUGGGGGACACAAUAAAAUUGUUUCGGACAUACGAAAGAAAUAUGAGAAGAAAUUGGCUGCACCCAGUGAUGAGGACAAAGAUAAGCAGAAAGAUUUGUCAGUUCCUGGUGCUGGGUUCAACUUUCAUGGGAUCAUAUCUUCUUGUUUUGAACCAUAUAUGACUGUAUACAUUGAACUUGAGGAGAAAUCUUUAGUGGAUCAAUUAGAAAAACUUGUCCAGGAAGAAAGAUGGGAAAUCGAGGAAGGAAGUCAGACGAACAUUCUAUCAAGCAGCAUGCAGGUUUUCUUGGUGAUUAGAAAAAGCUUAAAGAGGUGCAGCGCAUUAACAAAGAACCAAACAUUGUUCAACUUAUUUCAGGUAUUUCAAAGAAUACUCAAGGCCUAUGCGGCUAAGUUAUAUGCCAGAUUACCAAAAGGUGGAACUGGUAUUGUUGCAGCUGCCACUGGCACUGAUGGACAGAUCAGGACCUCAGACAGGGACGAGAGAAUGAUAUGCUACAUUGUCAACACUGCUGAAUAUUGUCAUCAGACAUCAGGUGAGCUAGCUGAGAAUGUUGCUAAGAUGAUUAACCCUCAGUUUGCUGACAAGGUGGACAUGUCUGAAGUUCAGGAUGAAUUCUCAGCCGUGAUCACAAAAGCACUAAUGACUCUUGUUCACGGACUUGAAACCAAAUUUGAUGCUGAAAUGGUUGCAAUGACUCGCGUUCCAUGGGCUACCCUUGAAAGCGUUGGUGAUCAAUCAGAAUAUGUGAAUGGUAUCAGCUCUAUUCUGUCAAGCAGUAUUCCUGUGCUUGGUACCCUGCUUUCACCUACCUACUUCCAGUAUUUCCUGGACAAACUUGCAGCAUCUCUUGGGCCUCGGUUUUAUCUCAACAUAUACAAGUGCAAACAUAUAUCAGAAACUGGUGCACAGCAGAUGCUUUUGGACACCCAAGCAGUAAAGACUAUUCUCCUAGACAUCCCAGCUCUUGGAAAACAGAGUACAGGUGCAGCUAGCUACUCGAAAUUUGUCAGCCGAGAAAUGGGUAAAGCCGAAGCUCUACUUAAGGUCAUUUUGUCGCCAGUUGAUUCUGUCGCUAACACAUACCGUGCCCUCCUUCCCGAAGGCACGCCUCUUGAGUUUCAGCGGAUACUUGACCUCAAGGGCUUGAAGAAAGCAGACCAACAAGCUAUCCUGGAGGACUUCAACAAACACGCCCCUGCACCAGCCCCCGCCAUCAAACACCCUGCCGUUGCUCCGACGGUGGCGACACCAGUUGCCACAGCAUCUGUCCAGAUUGUGCCCUCGGUGGCAACUCCAGCUGUUUCGAUUACACCAAGCAUGGCCUCCUUGAAGGGAGCACUGGCGAACCAAGAGGACGUCCUCGCCCGAGCUGCCGCCCUUGGGCGCGGAGCAGCCACCACGGGCUUCAAGAGGUUCCUUGCAUUGACAGAGGCCGCCAAAGAUCGCAAGGAUGGGCCGUUCCGCAAGCUCUUCAACGCCUAAAAUGUCGCUCACCGUUGUGUUCAUAGUUCGUGCCCCUCGUGCAGUGAACAUAGAUAUAGGAAAUCCUUUCCACAUCGUGUACACACCAUUACCGUUAACCGACAGUCUAUAACAACCAUUUUGACAGAUUAUCCUAUCCCAUCCUGCGGAGAACGAUUAGCUCAGUUGUAGCAUAGAGAUUUUGAGACAGUUUGAGCUAUUAGAUAAGUUUUUCCC